AUGUUGUGAGUUUUUUUUUAAUUUAAUUUUUUUAACGUGACACAUUUCCCCAGAAAUUCCCGAUUUUCUGAAAAAAUCGCAGUCAUUUCUAGAUAAACAUUAUUUCUCAUUCACUAUAUAAUUAUCUAUUAUCGCCGAAAUAAUUGGCAAGUAAGUGUGUAGUUUGUUAUUUUUGUGUGGUGUUGUAUAAUAAUAUCAAUCGAUUCUGAAAAUAAUCCUAUUUUCACCUGCUGGAAAUUGAGAAUAAUCCCCCUUCCGCCACACUUUUUGUUUUGUUUUUAUUUGAUUUGACAUGACUGAGCAAAUAUCGGGAUUCCAUCAAACUUCACAGCCAAAAAUCAUAUAAAUUUUGAUUUUUUUGAAAAUUGUCCAGUUCAGGGGCACCCAAAAUUAUCAAAUUUUCAGCUCAUAAUAUUCAUAUUUUCUCGAAUAUUUUCAUCAAUUUCCUAUUCAUCUAGAUAUGAUUUUUUCCUUCUUUUUCUUUUUUUUUCACAAAAAAAAAGCAUAAUAACAAGAAAUAAAAAAUCCGCCCAUUCUUCUUUUUUCUUUCUCGCCAGUCUCCCUGGUUACCAAUUUUCAUAAAAUCAACCAAACCUUUUUUCCUCGUUUCUCCUCCUCUUUUCUACUAUGUGUUUGUUCACCAUCCGGUUUUAGAGGGACCCUUCGUACUUUUUUGACCACUUUGACCAAUUUCAUUUUUUUUUGUUGCAGUAUGGAUGUGGUGAAGACGUUAAUCAACAGCAAUUUGUCGUUGGAACCACCGAUACCGUCUGCGUCAGAAUGGCUUGCGAGUGAGUUUUUUUUCGAAAAUUUUAACCUAAUCACUUGGGAAAUUUUUUUUUCCUAUAUAAAAAUCUGUUUUUCCUCGUUGCGCCCCCAUAAAUUGAUCAUUUAAAUCAAAUUCGAAAAGCGUGAAAUGUAUAAUUAAACUAAGUAGAAAAUAAUUAUUUACUUUCAUGACUAAUUAUGUUUUUUGGUUUUUGAUUUCUCCAUUUUUUUGUUAAAUGUAAUUAUUGGUGAUUAUCAAAUCUGAAACUUAUAGAGACCAGGUGUUUUUUAUCACGUCAUAUAGUUUGAUUGAAUUUUAGAGAGACUAUUUUUAGCUCGAAAGAAAAAUCUCGAAAAUUUUACGUUUCAAAAAAAUUAAAUUAACAGUUUUGUUGUCUAGAAAAUAAUGAAAAAUCCUCGAAUAAAAAUUAAAAGUUGAAAUUAAUGAACUUCAUAAAUUAUUAUCAGCUUGAAAAGUGAUUUUUCUGAAAUUUGUGCCAAAAAGAAAAAUCUCUGAAAUUUUACGUUUCAAAAAAAUAAAAUCAACAUUUUUGUUGUCUAGAAAAUUAUGAAAAAUCCUCGAUUGAAAAUUAAAAGUUGAAAUUAAUGAACUUUAUAAGUUAUUUUCAGCUCGAAAAAUGAUUUUUCUGAAAUUUGUGUCAAAAAGAAAAAUCUCGAAAAAUUUACGUUUCAGAAAAAUUAAAUUAACAUUUUUGUUGUCUAGAAAAUGGUUUGGAAUAUUUAGGAAUAGUUAUGAAAUAUAUGUUAUUUUUGAAUUUUUAUUGCAAAAAGCCUUGAAAUUCCUGCGAAUUUUCCAAAAAAAAAUCCCGCAAUUAUUAGGUUUCAAAAUUUUUCAACCAAUUCUCCAACAUUCCAAAAAAAUCCAAAAAUUUCCAGAUAUGUCAGUAAUGCAUGUCUGGUGUCUCUCAAUGUCAUCAAUAUUCGUUGUCAUCACAUUUUCCCUAGCAUUUGUUCAAUUAUAUUUUGUCAUGAAAUAUGUAUCAAAUGAGCGAAUACGCAACGAUCUUUACUCGCUGAUUCUGAUGUAUCCAAUCACAACAUUCUGUAGUGUUAUGGGAAUGUUCAUCCCGCGAGCCGCCGUUUUUCUCUAUGCUGUAGCUUUAGUGUAAGUUGUUUUGCUAGAGUGAAGCUCUUUCAAUUAAAUUAAAUUUAAAAAACUGUUUCAGAUACUUCAUGUUUACCCUAUUUGUGCUGGUUACAAUAUUAUUCAACAUAUUUGGCGGCCGACAACAAAUGAGCACUUAUUUGCUCCAGCGAAAUGUUAAAAUCAAACUAACAAUGUUCCCGUUUUGCCUUUUCAAAUGUAUUCCAAUGAUUGAAAGUACAGAGUAAGUAUUCUUGUGUACUUUUCAAAGGAGUGUACUUUUACAAUUGGGAUUUUACAGCGCAAAUUUACGUCGCAUCGAAUGGCUUGUUUUUCAAACUCCAAUAAUUCGAACGUGUUUGGAGUUGACAUCGGUCGCUGUUUCGAUGGAACAAGGAGGAAGACGGGAGAGCGUGUAGGUUUCCAGGGAAUCUGAAAUUGCUGGAUCUGUAAAUCAGCUAUGAUAUAUAAUCAAGUAACAAAUUUAGUUCUGAUAUUUUUCCAUAACCCAAGGAAAUUAUAUCAUUUUCUAGACAACUAGAAUGUUAAUUAUAUAUUUUUGAAACGUAAAAUUUGGGGGAUUUUUGACAAGGAAUUUUACGGUUUUAAAAACCGUAAAAUCCCGUAAAAUUCGUAAAAUUCUUGUUACUCAAUCUUUUCACUGAAAAACAGCAAAAAAUUCCUCAAAAAUUUGGAUUUGGUAACUUAUCGCAACUCCAACAAAAAAUUAAUUAAUCAAAAUUUUCUUUGAAAAUUUUGGGUUUUUUUUUAAGUUUUAAUUUGAGUCUGUUAAAAUUCACCACAUUUAGUGAUUUACGAUUUUUUAAGCCGCAAAACCCGUUAAACGUAAAAAUUCCCAGGUCUGAUCAAGAAUAUUGCGGAAUCAUUAAAGUUUUCAAAAAUUUUUCUUAAAAAUACAGUACCAAAAUUUGAAACUAUUCAGAAUUUCGGCAUUUUUUAAUCAGUCUCAAUUUAUGAGCAGCUUUUAUUUUUUGAGAAUUUCCGAAUUAUUUUACGAUUUUUUGAGCCGUAAAAACCGUAAAACAUAAAAAUUCACAGAUCUGGUCAGGAAUUUUCGGUAUCACUAAAAUUCAGAAUUCGGCAUUUUUUAAUCAGUCUCAAUUUAUGAGCAGCUUUUAUUUUUGAGUAUUACCAAAGCAUCAUUUUCCAGACAACUAGAAUGUUAAUUACAUAUUUUUGAAACGUAAAAUUUGCGGGAUUUUUUGGAAAACAGAAUUUUUUCUAAAAACUCCUGAUCUCAAUAUUUUUUUUUAAUCCAAUCAAGCAAAAUAUUCCAGCUGGUUUGUAUUCUCCCAACUCUGCGGUCUCGUCUCAAUGUUGGUCGCAUUCUACGGUUGCUACGUAAUGGUUCCACUUGGCCGCGAAAAACACGAUCCCUACCAAUUCAUUUGGCUGUUCCGAAUUUGUGAUGUCGCUCAAUGUCUGUACACAAUUCAAAAAUUCGUCUUCGAAUUCGCCGCUGCUGUUGGUAUCAUCACAGCCGAUCGACUUAUGCCGGGAACAGCUAAAGCGUUGUGUAAGUUUGUAUCUAGUUUGUUUUUCAAAAUGUUUUUUUUACUACAGGGUGGACAUCAUUUAUGAUAACUUGGCAAAUGAUGUUGUUAUCAGCGUUGACGUCAUAUUUAAUGAGACCGAUGAAGUGCAAUUUUUUCGAUUUGUAUCCGUCAAAUGAACGACCACAAACACGACCAACUAUUUUGAGCAGCACAAAUGGGACAAGCGCAGGUUUGAAGAUUUUUAAGGGUUCGGCUACUUGACAUAGAGGCUCUCAAGGCGCGGCUCCUUGUUAGAGUGGAUCUCUAGACGCAGGUCCUUAAGAAUAGGUUAUUUAGCUGUGGCUACUUGAGAACUAGGAUUUCAAGGCGUGGCUUCUUGGCAUGGGGGCUCUCAAGGCGCGGCUCCUUGCCAGAUCUCUAGUCGCCGGUCCUACAGAAUAGGUUGCUUAGCUGUGGCUACUUGAGAACUGUGAUCUCUAGGAGCGGCUGCUUGACAUAGAGGCUCUCAAGGCGUGGCUCCUUGCCCUCUUAUACAAUUUUCAAUCAAUAAUUUCCAGGAAACAGCAUGGAAACAUUACAAAGUUCUCGAUCUGAAGGAAGUCUUCCCAAACAAUCAUCAACUCCAUUAAACAUCAUUGGACAUUUCGAUAGUUUUUAA